UUUUAUCAUCAGCAUCUGCUUUUGGAACUGACCCCCUUUUCCUUUGCUGUCAGUCGAGGGGGGGAAGUCUAUUAAUAGCACCAGCUGGUGUGUUGGAAAGCAGAGGACGAGGAUCCGAGCAGAACACAGGAGGAGGGGUGGCUGUUUGUUGUGACAUGGCUGACAGAGGUGACCAUGAGCUGAAACUGCAGAGCUUUGAAUUGACGCUUGUAUCAGAAGAAGAGGAUGAGUCUGCUUCACAGGUGAAGGACUCUGAGGCUGAUAUAACACCUGAUGCUAGCCUACAAGUAGAAGGAGAGAUUUUUUAUGUCAACCGUCAACAUCUGGCCCUGCAGAGCCCUUACUUCAGGGCUCUGUUCUUUGGCCGUGGGUUGGAGAGCAGCAAAAGGCAGGUAGAGAUUAAAGGUGUGAGUCUGCAGCAUUUCAGGACCUUGAUGGAAUAUACCACAACAUGCAGCCUGUCUUUGGACAGAGAAAAUGUUACGGGCAUCCUCGAGACGUCCGACUUUUUGCAGCUGGAGCGAGCCAGGCUGCUGUGCUGUAAGUUCCUGGAGCGUGAGCUGCACCUCAGCAACUGUUUGGGGAUGAUGGCCUACGCCUGGCAGCUGGGUUGCACUCAGCUUUAUGCCGCAGCACGACAGGUGGUGCUCACUCACUUCUCCGCUAUUUCAGCUGAAGAGGAUUUUCUGUCACUCUCAAAAGAGUCAGUAGCAGAUCUACUUGCCAGCGAUGACCUAACCAUCCAUAAAGACGAUCUGGCUCUGGAGGCAAUACUGCGCUGGGUGUCAUUUGACCCUAAACGAGAAGAAUAUUUCCUGGAGCUCAUUGAGCUGGUGAGGCCCGAGUCUCUGUCCUUGCCUUUCAUCACUGAACUCUUGACCAGAAUGAAAAGCUCUGACCCCAGAGCCAGGCUCAUCAUAAAGCUCAAUGAACAUUUCCCAGCAUCUUGGUCAGUGGGCAGGUCAAUGAUGAGGACCAGGGCCAGAGAGACCCUGUUCGUGCUGGGCGGGCCUCAUGAUCAGGAAGAACAGGCGCUGUUCCAGUAUCACCCGAUGAGUGGUAGAUGGCAGAGCUGCGCGCCCCUGCAGAGGAAGAACCUCACACAGUACUCCGUGGCUGCAGUGGGAGACAGUGUGGUCGUGACAGGUGGCUACUUCCGGGAUGUUCUGUGGUUCAGUGUGGAUUGGGUCCGGCUCUACGAAUGUGGGAACCAGCGCUGGGUGGACGGGCCAGCCCUGCAGAAGUCCAGACACAGCCACUGCUCCAUAGGGCUCGAGUCAGUACUGUAUGUCCUGGGGGGAAGUAUGGACGAAGGUCUUGUGGAUGAUGUAGAAAGGCUGGUCCUUGGGUCAGAGGAGGGUUGGGAGGCAGUGAGUCCCAUGGUCAGGGCCGUAGAGAGGGCAGCCACUGCUGCUCUGGGGUCGUGUAUCUACGUGGCGUGUGGGCUGGAUGAAAAUGGCGAGGUUUAUGGUGGAAUUCAGAGGUAUGUGGCGAAGGAGGAUCAGUGGGAUGUGGUCUCCUAUUCUCCAUUUCCACGAUACGACCUGGUUGCCACGGAGCUCAACAGUGCCCUCUACCUGUUCGGAGGCCAAGCCCUUCGUUUUGACAUGGAGACAGAUGAGUGGACGGAGCUGGAGGAGGAAUGUCUGAACAAAAAGUUCUUCUGUGGCUGCUCCUCAGUCACUGGGCAGAUAUACCUGCUCAGCGAGAGAAAGAGUAACAAAGCAUUCCCGAACAUGGUGCUGCUGGACCCUUACAUAGACACCUGCAUUGAGGUAGAUGAUGCUAUACCCUGUCCCGUGCCCCUCAGAGGGUGUGUCACCGUAAGAAUGAUCCCAUGAUGCUCUAUGAUGGUUGAAUGAAUGUGGAAUUGUGCAAAUCUCUCGAGCCAUCCCUCUUUCUUUAUAUUUGGUCUGACCACCUUUAAUUUUUCAGCACAGGCUGAACUCUCAGGCAAGCUUUAAGUAGUCUUCAGGAGUAGUUCUCCAGGCUUCUUGGAGGACAUGCAAAGCUCUUCUUUUAUUCUAUUCUCUGUUAAGAUGAUCCCAGAGAUCAAUAACGAUGAGUUCCAGGCUCUGUGAAGAGCAGGAAGCAGGCGGAGGUUUGAAAGUCAGAAGAAGCAGAAUACAUAUGUGUGAACAAGAGGGAGACAUGCAAAGAGCAGUGAUGGUGAAGGUAGAUCCGUUUAAAUAUCAACCAUCCAAGAAAAAGGAGAGUCCAGAAGAGAGUGCAGUCAGGGUGGAGUGGGUGGAGACGAGUGUCAGGAGUGAUUUUAGACAGAAGGAUAAAAGCAAGAAGCUACAAGAUGCUGGAGAGCUGCUGUGAUGUUUGGAGAUGCUAGAAGCACGCCUGGAGGUGGAGUGACGAGGACUGAUGGAGCUAGAAACGAGUACAGUUAGAGAGGCAAGGCAGGAAUGAUUUGGACAUGUGCACAGAAGGGAUGGUAGAUAUAUUGGACAAGGAUGUUGAAUAUGGAGCUGCCAAGCAGGAGGCAGAGAGGAAGACCUCAGAAAAGAUUCAUGCAUGUAGUGAGGUAGGACAUGCAGGCGCUCGGUGUGACAGAGGAUGCUGUCUGUCACACGGUGGAGUUCCUGCAGAGCCCAACUGCACUGGCUGAGACUCAAACCAUGACAGAGCCUCCACUGUGUUUCACAGAUGGACACACUGCUGUACCUCUCUCCUGACCUCUCCUGUACACACUGGCCACGAUUUGAACCAAAAAUUUCAAAUGUAGAUUCACUCCACAAGACUCGUUGCCACUGAUUUUAAGUCCAAUUUGGCAAACCUCUCCCUGUUUCCUUUCAUUAAGAAUGGCUUGUGGACAGCCACUGAGAACAUUUCUGAGGAGGCUUCAGCGAACAGCAGAUGGAUCAGCUGAAGGGCCAGAUGCAUCUCUCAGGUCCUGUGUCACGGCUUUGCUUGUGUGGUUUUUUUCAUGUAACUCUUUAGGACAGGACGUUCAGAGACUGUUCAUCUGCUGUAGACAGGCCUGCCACCUCUUUAAUCCUCCACAGAUGUUUAAGGACUCGCUGCACAACAUAAAAAUGAAUGAAAAAGCAGCCAACCUCCAACCUUCAUGAAGCCUGGAGCAAUACUGCUCAAGAGCACUUUACAAACAUACCAAGAGGGUGUCAGUCACCUCGAUAGCAAAACAAAGUUUGUACAGUACUGUGUAUGGUCAUCUGUGUGUGUGUGUGUGUGUG